AUGCCCUCCGUGCUCCUUUUCGGGGCAACUGGCCUCAUUGGAUCCCGUUUAGCCGUUCAUGUCAAAAAAGCCCAUCCUGAAUGGCCUCUGACGGUAUUUUUACGCAACACGAACGUCGACGAAUGGUUCAGAGCCACGGUCAAUGCAGAUCGAAUCGUUCAUGGUUCCAUCUCCGAUAUAGACCUGGUACGGUCAUUGAGCUGGGAGCAUGAUAUUGUUGUCAAUGCCAUUUCUUCCUUUGAUGGUGGCUUCAUCAACAACGUGAUCUCAGGAAUGGAAGACAGACCUGAGCACGCCAAGGGCACUUUGAUCCAUAUAUCUGGAACGGGGAAUUUUAUUGAUAAUGGCAAGAGCGGCAACUUCAAUCCCGACAGCAAAGUGUGGAAUGACGACAAUGAAGAUGACAUUCGACAGAUUGUUCGGGGCAUGUUCAACGGCCCCACAGACGUACCGGUGCUCGAAGCAGGAGUACGUGGAAAGAUCAUCACUUACGUUGUCUGUUUUGCAAUAACCUACGGCUCCAACAUCGGGCCCGCGCCAAACCUGGGGGUUGCGUACAACAUUUUUACUUCCAAUGCCAAACAACAUGGCUUCGUCCCGUAUAUCGGCGAUGGUUCGGCCAUCGCUAGCACGGUCCAUGUCGAAGAUGCCGUUCCAUUCCUCACAAAGAUAAUAGGGAUCGCCGGAACGGAGAAGCCCACGGGCAGCGCCUACUCCAGGUACUAUAUUCUUCAUGGUGAGAGGGUCGCCUGGAAAGAAUUGAGCUCUGUAUUGGCAAAGAUUCUGCAUGCCAAGGGCGUCGUGGCCUCGCCAGAGCCGAAAAGCGUGCCAGCGGCUGAGGCAGGGGAAGGAGAGAUCGGGUUGUUGAUAGCCGCAAACAUGCUGGUGCAGGGAGACCGCGCGGCAAGGUUGGGCUUUAGGGCGACACAUCCGUCGAUAUUGGUUCAGAUACAGGAAGAUCUCGGGGCCCAUACCUUCUAG